AUGACAUUUAAUUUGACAUAACGCUUUUAUUGAUGCAUUUUUCCUGCAAGUAGUAUCGAAAUGUGAAGUUCUUUCUAGAAUGAAAUGUUAUUUUUCUUUUUAACAGAAUUCACACCUUAUAUCUUUCACAUAAGUAAUAAGACGUAUUAAUUUUUACAUCUAAAUGGCUAACAUAUUCGGUUUGAUUGUGUCGGGACGACUAGUACAGACGGAUUUCACGCCUGUGUCUGAAACGAGUCUUAUUACAACUAUCCUGGACGUAGACUCGAUAAACCACGCGGUGGUAUUUCUGACAGGGACGACGCCGCUGCCGGUCGGCACGGUCGCUGUGGUCUACUGGAGCUGGCCGGACCCUAACGCGCCUCCUAACUGGCAACCUUUAGGGCACAUUUCCAACGCUAAACCCUCAGCUAUAUUUAAGAUAUCUAAUUUGAAAAAACUACAUGAACUCUCUAGUGAAAACAAAUUUAUGAGUGCUUUUGGCCAACAACAAAUCUGCAAUAAUGCCCAGAUUGGAAUUUCUAUAGAACCAGAAACAAAUGCUCAACUCCUUCCAAACUCAGAGGCACAACAGGCACAUUCGUAUGUCACAUUUGCACAAAAAAUGUUGGAACAUUUAGUUAAUUUUGUAGCAUCAUUCUCUGUAACUCAAGAUCAAAUGACACCAACUCCUGGUGUCUCUUACAUACCUCUCAAUACCUUGCACACCUGGUACCAAAACUUUGAAAGGCGGUUGCAGCAGAACCCUAACUUCUGGAAAAGUAAUUAGUGUUGUUCUGACAUGGACUUCUCUAUUGUCAAAAUCAUCACCCUGCAAUACAAUUAUAUUAGGGAUUUGGUGAGGUUCGCAAUAAGUGUAAUUACAUUGUAAGCAAUGAUUGUUUUUAACCUCCAUUGUAUUUAGCUGCUUCAAUAUUUUCAUUUAAUAAGCUUUAAUGUGUGCUUGAAUUUAAUAUUAUAUGAAACAACACGUAGAGAAGCUAUCGAGUUAAAAUUAUUAUCCUGUGUUCAGUGAAAACUUCACUAAUAAAAUGUGUUAAUG